CGAUUGGAUCCGAUUGGUUCCCAGGGAAAUCUCAAGAAGGGAUCUGAUCUGUCUGCUUCAACAAGCGCUAUGUCCCAAACUAUCGCCAAGGUUCAAGGUGACUCCAGUGCCGUCAACGUCUUCAAACCGGAACAAUUUGUAGGCGACAAACGACUGCUGCGGAACUUCAGCAGGUGGCUGCUUGACUUUUGCCAGACAGUGUUCCGGCGCGAACCGGACGAGACGCAGCAGUUCCUUGAAGUUGGUUGCGGGAUCGGAGACUUGACGCGAGACGAGCUGCUGCCUCGAUGCCUGCCAUGCCGCCGCAUCGUCGCCGUCGACUUGUCGGCCGAGAUGGUGGAGCACUCCACUCGACACUCGCAUCACGAGAAGAUUGAGUACGGGAAACUGGACAUCGCCAGUGACGAGGACGUGGCCGCGUUCGUCGACGAGCACGGUCUCUUCGACCGGGUGUACUCGUUUUACACUCUCAGCUGGGCGCGGGACCAAGCGAAGGCGCUGAAGAACGUGGCGAGGCUUUUGAAGCCUCGCGGGGAGUGCCUGUUGGUGUUCCACGCUUCUGUUGAGCCUAUCGACGUCAACCGAAACGUAGCUAAAAUGGAGCGCUGGAGCAAGUAUUAUCAUUUGGUAGAGCAAGUGGUGCCAAAGACGCACGACCUGAACGACGACGAACGUGUUGAAUACAUUUCCACUCUUCUGGCAGAAGCUGGACUUUCCCCGAGCAUACUCGAGCUUCCGGUGUUUACAGGUUUUGAUGGCUACAGCUUGGAAACCUUGGCUGACAUGUACAUGGUGAAGAGUCCGAUCUUCGCAGUUCUGUCAGAAGAGGAGAAGCAUCAGUUCCAGAUAGGACAUGGCACACGAGACGCAGAAAAUACGCUCACCUGA